AUGCGUGACUAUGGGCCCGAUCCCAACCUGUCACUCGAUCGGGCAAGCACAGAUUUGUUCGCAACUCCCGUUACCUCGCAUGAGGCUCAUCCGUCGAUGACUCAAACCGUUGACUCGGAACAUGCUUAUGUUGUUCCUGCGUUCCGCGCAAAUCCGGUCACUCUCAUCACUUGUCAUCAAAAUCUAAUGGCCGUGGUCUACAAAGAUUACGUUGGAAUAUUUUCCUUGAAGGAUUCUACGGGUUGGCAUUUGGCCUGGUUGAGUCCCUUCCUGUCUGCACCUAUUGAUCGAAUCGCACUUAGUUCCAAGAUAACUACCACACUACCUAUCGUGAACGCCGUCAAUUCCACAAAUACGGCAGCCAUUGGUACCAAUUAUUUGGCUGCACAAAGCGGGCUUUUCCAACUACUACAACAACAACAAUCAAUACAUUUGCAAAAUCAAUCUUCCAACCAGGCCUCUCUUUUACCCACAUCCGCUCUCCAAAUCAAUCCCUCACCAGUCACAGUGGCGAAUACAAUCCAAUCGCAAUCCGGUUUGCCAUCGUCAGUUGCACCAGCCACAGUGUCACUGGCGUCUACCUCCACUUGCAUGUUAGCCGCUUCUGUCGGUUCGACCAUUUUCGUCUGGUGCCUCUACCCACCCGCUUCGAGUAAUUCAUCGGCCAUUGCUGCAUGCGGGGGCGCUUUCGGUGUGUCCACUUCUUCGGCGACUUAUCGUUUAUCACCGCUAACCUCCUUCACACCAACUACAGCCAUGGGCAAACCUGGAUACCAUGGUUUUCUACCCAGAGCCAAGGAUCCCUGGGCCAGCGAGCUGGUUGGUCGCUAUGACCUCAACCACCGCGCCGUGGAUUACAUAAUGUUCAUCGACGCUCACCUGGUGGCACUGAGUCGACGCGGAUUGGUUGGCGUGCGACACAUGAUGACCAAUACAUGGCAGGUGUGGAGCACAGUGCCCAUUCUGAGCUACGGUGUCGCUGCCUCUGAGCUCCUUCUUCUUGGCUGCGCGAACGGUCGCAUUUGUAGUAUCAACAUACAAAAAUUCCCCUUACGUAUCGUGGACAAUGACCUAUUGGUAACGGAAAUGUACCGCGACCCUUUACAAGAUCCGAUCACUGCUUUGAGUGUGCACUUGACAAAAACAGGUAUGCACUGCACUUCUAUUUGUCGUUUCUCGUCACCUUACAUUUUAAAAAGCAUUGUUUCGGCCGCAUUGUCACAACGACUGUCUAACCUUCGGCUAACCGCGGUCCACUUCAUUUCACUUAGACACUCAUGA